AUGGACGUGGAUGGCACCCUUAGGUCUCUCGGGAAAUAUGGCCGUUUUCAGAUUUUCCAGUACGUGUAUACUCUGAUCUGUAGUCCGUCUGCGGCCUAUCCCCUCGUCAUUUAUGUGUUUAUAGGUUAUAUACCAGAUUUCCAAUGUAAGCUUCCUAGUGACCACGUGACACACCAUUAUAGGCAGACAAAUGGAUCACAAAACGUCACGAUGUAUCCACGGAAAUGUGACAUUGUUCUCGAGACAAACAUUUCUGGUGUUAUAGCACAAGACACUUUGCCUUGUUCGGACGGUUACGAGUUCUUCGGACGUGAAACCACGACUUCUGAGUGGAAUUUGGUGUGUGAUUCGGAGAGCCUCGGGAGUUUACCUUCUACCAUGGUUGGGGUUGGGCAGAUGAUAGGAGCCAGUCUGUUUACAGCGCUUUCUGAUAAAUAUGGUCGUCUGGUGAUAGCUUACAUGACGUUUAUCGGAACAUCA